AUGCUUGGACAGAUGUGUCAACUGGACAGCACUGAGUGUCAGUAUGACGACCAGACAGGACUUAUGAGACAUGUCAGAGUUCACAGUGGAGAGAAGCCUUAUGUAUGUAAGGAGUGUGGGAAAGCCUUUUGUCAGUAUUCACAACUCACUGUACACAUAAAAGUUCAUACUGGAGAGAAGCCUUACGAAUGUAAGGAAUGUGGGAAAGCCUUCAGUCAGUCUUCACACCUCAGCACCCAUAUAACAACACACAGCGAAGCGAGGCCCUAUGAAUGUAAGGAAUGUGGGAAAGCUUUUAAGCAAUUUGCACAACUCACUAGACAUGUGAAAAUUCACAGUGGAGAGAAGCCUUAUGAAUGUAAACAAUGUGGGAAAGCCUUUAGUCGGUCCUCACACCUCACUACUCAUCUAAGAGUUCACAGUGGAGAGAAGCCUUAUGCAUGUAAGGAGUGUGGGAAAGCCUUUAGUAAAUACUCGAAACUCACUAUACAUGAAAGAAUCCAUAGUGGAGAGAAACCUUAUAAAUGUCAAGAGUGUGGGAAAGCCUUUAGUCGGUCUUCAUACCUCACUACCCAUAUAAAGACGCACAGUGAAGAGAGGCCUUAUGAAUGUAAGGAAUGUGGGAAAAACUUCAAGCAGUUUUCACAACUCACUAGACACGUCAGAGUUCACAGUGGAGAGAGGCCUUAUGAAUGUAAGGAGUGUGGGAAAGGCUUUUGUCAGUUCUCACAACUCACUAGACACGUAAGAAUUCACAGUGGGGAGAAGCCUUAUGAGUGUAAGGAGUGUGGGAAAGCCUUCAGUCAGUCCUCACACCUCACUACCCAUAUAAAGACACACAGUGAAGAGAGGCCACAUGAAUGUAAAAAAUGUGGGAAAGCCUUUAAGCAGUUUUCACAACUCACUAGACACAUAAGAAUUCACGGUGGAGAGAUGGCAUAUAAUCGUAAAGAACAAUGA